AUGGUUUAUUCUUUCUUUCGUAAAUUGCUCACAUACUUGUCAUCUGAUGAUGAGUUGGAUGCUGUUAUUAAUGCUGAGGCUGAUGAAGAGUCAUCGAGACAUCGUGGCAAUCGCCAACGUCGUAAGUUUAUUCGGUGUGAUCAUAUUCAAGGGCACAAGCGCCUUUUCCACUACUAUGUUGCAGAAAAUCCAGUAUAUCCCUAUAAUAUAUUUCGAAUGAGAUUUUGGAUGAGUCGUCCCCUAUUUCUCCGUAUUCUAAAUGAGGUAGAAGCUUACGAGCCCUACUUCGUCCAGAGAAAAUAUAAUGCCGGAAGACUCGGUUUAUCUUCUAUGCAAAAGAUAACUGCAGUACUUAGAAUGCUGGCAUAUAGGAUUAAUGGAAAUUUUAUGGAUGAAUACAUACGUAUUAGAGAAAGCACCGUAAUGUAG